AAAACAUAAGCGUUGUGUUUUGUUGACAAGGGGUCAAUAUUUAUUAUACUUUUUUCCUAUACAAUCUACUGGUGUUUUUAAUCCCUCUUACUACACAUGUUAUCGCCGAUAACGAAACAGCUGUUUCUUGGCAAAUGCCUUAGCCGAACAAUUGAUUAUAUUCGAAUUAAAACCAAACAUUUUCAAUAAACAAAAUGACGCUUCAAUGCAGAACCUGCGGAGGCGUCAUCUAUAACACAAAAGCCAAGAAUCUCUUUGACACGGAGAACGUCACGUUGCUGCAAAACGUAAAUCUUGUAUCAGGCGCCAUGCUGCAUAAUGAUCCGAAGCUGCCCAGCUGCAUAUGUGCAUGCUGUAUGCUUGAUUUGAAUCAGGCCGUUGUGUUCCGGGAAAGACUCAUCCAAACACAGGAGGAUUUGCUCCGUCGACUCAUAGAUCCCGAACAGGAAGAAUUCGCUACAGAAUGUGAGAAAGACGAUGUGGAUGUAGAAGUUAAGGAGGAGGAGGAAGCUGAGGACAACAGCUUGAACUUACGUUUCUCAACCGAUGAUAUGGACGAUAAAUUUGAAGAAACCGAAGAAUUCUUUGAAGAAUUUCAAGACGUAGACGAGGAAGAGGAGGGGGAUAACGUCGAAGUAGGCGAGGAGGUGUCCCAAGAUGCUGACUCCCUAAUAUCAAGUGUCCAGAAGGAGUUUGAAACAAUUUACGACGAUGAAAGCACUACAGAAAAAAAUGAAUUCCUGGAGGAAGAAGAGGGUACCUACUACAACGAAUGUGAGGAUGAGGUUGAUGGAUCCCCACCCGUUUCCCCACAGCCUGCAUUUAAGGCUUUACGAAGUCGUUCCAGAGCAAAUAGUGUCUCAUCGGAGAGGACUUCGAAACCCAAGCGCAAGAAACAGUACGUCACGUGGAAGAACAUGAGCGAGGACCAAAUCGUUGAGCGAAAGCGGCAGCAGCGGAAGCGUGACUGCGUUUGCGAGCAAUGCGGCCGGCACUUCACCGAUCAGAGCAACUUCAAGCUGCACAUGCUGCGGCACACGGGCAUGAAGAACUUCGCCUGCCAGGAGUGCGGCAAGCUGUUCUACACUGACCACCUCAUGUCCCUGCACCAGCGAAUCGUGCACCAGGGCGAGAAGCCCUACGCCUGCCGAUACUGCUCCAAGUCCUUCCACAACAGCACCACCCGCGUCAUCCACGAAAGAGUUCACACUAAUGCGAAACCUUACGGCUGUAACCAGUGCGACAAAAGCUUCAGUUCGGCUUCCGGACGCAAAAGGCACGAACUGAUUCACACAGGUGUGCGGGCAUUUUCCUGCACUAUCUGCGAGCAAACUUUCCAGCGAAACACUCAUCUUAAGGCCCAUCUGCGAUCCAAGUUUCACAUAUUAAAGGCGAGAACUAAUGGGGUCGAAGGCGCACUAGAAUGAACAAAUAUAUUAGUUUAAAAACAGA